AUGGCGAGAAAGCGGAAGGGCGCCGGCGACAAUACUGAGCCACGGCAGCGGCGUCCGCGUGUAGCGCCGCCGGAGACUACAGCCGGCCCGCAGGCGCCUGCAGCAGGCGAUUUUCCAGGCCCGUCUUCCCUGCAAGGGCAGUUCGCUCUGCUCAGGGGAUUCGAUCCUCUGCUGGGAAAUCCAGGGCGGACGGCGACUUCGCAGGCGCUCGCACGGGUGUCGUCGGCUACCGUCAACGCCCAAGGCUUCGGUGGAGGUCUCAGUCGCGGCGGCGGGUUGGCACGGACGACGAUGCUCCGGCAGUCGCUGCGCAAUGCAUAUCCAGACGCUGGGAGUGCGCCCUUCGGCAUCCACGCGGCGAGCGGCCAGAACCAGAUCGCCAACUCCGGUGCCUCUUCUUCCCAGUUCGCUGGAGGUGGGGGCGGGGGCGGGUCAGGGUCGGGGUUCGGGGGAUUCUCUCAGUUUGCCGGUGGAAUCCACGCGCCGACUGGCUAUGGUUUCUCCGGCGGGGUAAUAGGGCAGCCGCACGGCAACUCCAGCGGGCCUUCUUCCGCAGGUCUAAGGUGCUCUGAUUGCAAUGAGCUCACGACGGGGCAUCUGGACUCGGUGCCCUUGUGCCAGGCUUGCUACAGCAAGCGCUUCACCGUCAACGCCGGUGCGCAUCAGGGUCGCAUUCCAGAUCCAGCCGGUGGCAUCCUCGCGACGGCCAGCGGCGGGAACCAGACGGGAGCAGCGCAGCCGCACGGCAACUCGGGCGGGGAUUGCCACGGGCAGACCCGAUACGUCCCCAGCUGCGUCGCUGCGCGUCAGGGUCAGCAGGCCCCCGAUCUCGACCUGGACCUCCGCCUCAGCCAGCCUUCUUCCAAGGCUUGCAUCUACAACCACCGAAGCGACGAGAACAGAACAGCAUGA